AUGGGAAACUUGCAGACUGUGAUUCAUGGAGAAGCACUCUUCUCGACAGAUAUCGAUCCAGACAGACAAAUAACCGGAUUUUUAUGGUGUCAAGUACGCGAAGGAACAAUUCAUUACAAACCAACAUGGGCUCGGUUCAUUCGGAUUCGUGAUAAGAAGGAGUUCGCAGCAGAUAUCGGACAGGAUAACAAAGCUUACUUGCAUUUCGGAAAGUCGAAAGCCGAGGCUUCUGGAAAAUACCGUUGUGAAGUGAAAGUACCAGAUAAUUCGAUUAUUACCGGGAAUAUGUUCGCUUAUUCACACCCAGUAGUGAAGAACAACGAAUCUUGGCCACUCAAAAAGUCAGAUGAACCAUUCACUGUCACGGGAUCCGCCGUCUAUGCUUCCCCUGAAACAACAGCUCGUAUUCCAUGCCCAAUCAUCGGAUAUCCAGAACCGAACGUCAUUUGGUUCAAAAACGAUUUCCCGUUAGAGAUCGAAGGACGCGUUUCGUUUGACAAGACAUCGGGUGUUUUGAGUAUCGAAAAGGUCGAAGAGGCAGAUGCUGGAAUCUAUCGUUGCGAAGGAACUAAUCAGUUCCCAGUUCUUAUUGAUGGACCAGAACAAGAAUUCAUUGUGAAAUUGAAGCAAGAAUUGAAAAUUGGAGACAACUACGGAUGGAUGCUCCCACUCGCUAUCAUCCUUAUCACUCUGAUUCUUCUCUUCAUCAUCAUCUUCACCUGUCAGAGAUGUGCAAAAUACAAGGCCGAUCAAUACAACGUCGCAGAACGAGAACGAGCUCUUCAUAACGACCAAGUUCCACUCAAGAAUAGUGUCUAA